AUGAUGCGGCGGCGGAGCUUGGAUUUGGAGGCGGCCGAAGCAUGGGACCAGGCGAUUUCCAAGCGUGGACUGGGAGAGACCUGGCGGAUUGGAUCGGUGGGGUGCGAGCAUGGAAUUGGAAGCCCUCCUGGGUCCCCCUUGGGCGGACCCACGAUGCGCGAGCUGGGUCUUCCGUUGAUCUUCCGCCGGAACAGCCACUCACUGCUGAACAUCCAGAAGAUGGGUUUGCAGCAUCAAAGCAGCAAAGAUCUGCCAAAGGAAUCCAGCCAAGUCAUCGCUGAGGACAAGCUGCAGGAGAGCAGCCAAACCCGUGCGUCCAUUUUGGACUUCGAGCAUCUCUUUGUCCAGUACUUCGUAGAGGUCACACCUCUGAAGCAGAGCAAGGAAUUUUCCGGGACACACCGGGAGUGGCUUGCGCAGCCCAAAGCCGAUGCAGUGGUGAAGGCUUGGAAAGAGGUCUUGGUGGAGGGCCUUCUGGCACGAAAGGAGCUGAUCUUGCAGCACUGGCCAGAGCUGCAGCUGAACAAAGAGUCCUUGUACAGCAAGCUCAACAAGGAGCUGUUGGUGCAGGAUGAACUGGCGGGGCCGAAGCGGCGGGUCUUGUUGACCUUGGCUCCGGAGCAGGUGUGUCACAGGUUGCUCUGGGCCUUGGGCGAUAGCAUCCCUGCGGAGCUGGGCCUCAAAGACUGCGCAGCCAGGCUUCAAGAGCGCUUCCCGCAGAGCCGCAUCCGCUGCAGCGAUAGACCCUCGUCAGCAAUGGGUGUUGUCUUCGACGCCAAGCGUUUGAUCGGCCGGAAGUUCACGGAGCAUCAUGUCCAGGCGGAUAUGAAGCUUUGGCCCUUCAAGGUGAUUUCCGGCCCCGCUGAGAAGCCCAUGAUCGUGGUGAACGCACAGGGUGAGGAGAAGAAGUUUCAUCCGGAAGAGAUCUCCUCCAUGGUCUUGCUGAAGAUGAAGGAGACAGCCGAGGCUUACUUGGGCACCAAGGUGAAUGAUGCCGUGGUGACUGUGCCGGCCUACUUCAACGACUCCCAACGCCAGGCCACCAAGGACGCAGGCACCAUUUCGGGCAUGAACGUGCUGCGGAUCAUCAAUGAACCCACUGCCGCGGCAAUCGCCUAUGGUUUGGACAAGAAGGGAACGGGUGAACGAAAUGUCCUGAUUUACGACAUGGGCGGUGGUACCUUUGAUGUGUCCUUGUUGACCAUUGAGGAUGGUAUCUUUGAGGUGAAGGCCACCGCUGGUGACACUCACCUGGGCGGAGAGGACUUUGACAACCGCGUGGUGGACUUUUGCAUCCAGGAUUUCAAGCGCAAGAACCGCAACAAGGACAUGACCGGCAACCAGCGUGCCAUUCGACGUUUGAGGACGCAGUGCGAGCGCGCCAAGCGCACGUUGUCCUCAUCGACCCAGGCCACGAUUGAGAUCGAUUCGUUGUUCGAGGGCAUCGACUACUCCUGCAGUUUGUCCCGGGCGCGCUUUGAGGAGUUGUGCAUGGACUACUUCCGCAACUCCAUGGGUCCCGUGGAGAAGUGCUUGAAGGACUCCGGCAUUGACAAGAAGAGCGUGCACGACGUGGUGCUGGUGGGUGGCUCGACGCGCAUCCCCAAGGUGCAAGCCAUGAUCCAGGAGUUCUUCAACGGAAAGGAACCCAACAAGUCCAUCAACCCCGACGAGGCCGUGGCCUAUGGCGCUGCAGUGCAGGCGGCCAUCCUUACUGGCGAGGGCUCAUCUCAGGUCCAGGACCUGCUGUUGCUGGACGUGACACCCCUGUCCAUGGGCUUGGAAACGGCAGGUGGCGUGAUGACCAAGCUGAUCGAGCGAAACACCACCAUCCCCACGAAGAAGGCCCAGACGUUCACCACGUACGCAGACAACCAGCCGGGAGUCUUGAUCCAGGUCUUCGAGGGCGAGCGCGCCAUGACCAAGGACAACAACUUGUUGGGCAAGUUCCACCUGGAUGGCAUUCCUCCAGCCCCACGCGGUGUGCCACAGAUCGAGGUCACCUUUGAUAUCGAUGCCAAUGGCAUUUUGAAUGUCAGAGCCUCCGACAAGUCCACUGGAAAGUCCAACCAGAUCACCAUCACCAACGAGAAGGGUCGCCUGUCUCAGUCGGAGAUCGACCGGAUGGUGCAGGAGGCUGAGAAGUUCCGUGCGGAGGAGGAGCAGAACAAGCAGAAGAUUGAGGCCAAGAAUGGCUUGGAGAACUACUGUUUCACCAUGAGGAACACACUCAAUGAGGAGAAACUCAAGGAGAAGUUCGAGUCCGGAGACAAGGAGAAGAUCGAAGCGGCUGUUCAAGAGACCUUGGACUGGUUGGACAAGAACCAGCUGGCCGAGAAGGAUGAGUUUGAGGCCAAGCAAAAGGAGCUCGAGGGCGUCGUAAACCCUAUCAUGAUGAAGGUCUACCAAGCUGCAGGGGGCGGCGGCAUGCCUGAAGGUGGCAUGCCAGGUGUGCUAUGGCCCGGGAGCGUGAUUCGUACCUUGUUCUUCUUGGCCACUGCGUUGCUGCUCUUUGGCUUGCGUGUGGCAGCAGCUGCCACAUGGGCAGCAUACCAGGCGGAGGCGCCGCUGCCGGGGAAGAAGAAGAAAGUGGAUCUCACGGGGCCCAGCUGGGAGGAGUACUUGGAUCAACUGUCAGCGCGUUUGAUUUUAGCCUCCUCUUUGGCCUACUUUUGGCUUCUCUAUGGCAUCGCUGCCGCGUUUCCCCUUAGAUCUCUUCACAGUCCCUUCAAGCGAGAUUUGGGCUGCUUGGCGGCCUACAGCAGGACCGGCACCAUACUCUUCAGGGUGGUGGCGCCCAUUGCGGCGUCGGGCGUUCCUGCAGCGAUGGCCGUGCGCUUUGAUAGGUUGGGCCUUGGGCUUCUGGUCCCGGCGCAUGACCGGCCUGCAGGUUUCCACACGGCCGCCCUGGCGGGCGCCUGCACCUUGCCCUUCCUUUCAAUGGCAGCAUCAUGGAGUAUCCGUAGCUCCUUCUACUCACACCACCAGCUCUUCAUGGUGCUCCUCUUCGUCAUGCACAUGGCCUGUGCACUAGGCUUUGUCCUCUACUUUGAGAUGAUGAAGUGGGCCGUGAUGGGUGCUGCGGGAGUAGUCUUCGCCGGGUUCUAUUUGUUUGUUUGGUACCAGGCCAGUCUACUUCACAGCUCUUCAAGCGCUGCUCGCGCAGAAUUCAUGCAGCACCCCAGGUUGUCCGUCCUACUUUGCAUUGCACAAAUCUCCAGCGCUGUCGGACUGGAUAUUACAGUGACCAGUACAUCAAGGAGCAACGGCAAUUCCGUGGACUUCGUGGUGGAUGGUCAAUCUCUCCAAGUGCAGUCUGCGCGCGGGAUGAAUGUCGCAGUCAUCGAUCCGGACGGCGGCUCAUUGCAAUCCUUCCAGGUCUUCGACACCCAUGCGGCGGGGUCCGAAGCGCUGGCCGCGUUCGUGGCCGCCCAGCCCAGCGGCUCGCUGGUGCUCUUCGCCGCGCGUGAUGAUGCUCAAAGCAACAUGACGCAAGCUGCCAAGGAUGCCAUCAAGAGCUGCGGCGGAACCAUGAUCGAGAGCCUUACCUACCGGGGAUCCUAUGCCUUGAUUGGUGUAAAGGAUGGCACCUUGGAAUACUUUGGAGCAUUUGGUGAUAUGUUGGUGGAGUAUGCAGGAGUGGGCGGUGCGCUACCAAUGCCAAGGCACUGCGGUGGACGAAAAGAGCUUCGAGGACGGAGGAGACAUCGCAGUGGCUUCUGGGAGCUUUGCCCCAACGCAGAGCAAUACCAUCAAGGUGAACAGUACUUCGAGGACCGCUCGGCCGGCCAUGCGUGUUCGGCGCCAGACCCAUUCGUCGUGAAGCUUUGGACGGUGGUGAUGGACUUGGAAUCCCCCCAGAGCGCUGGUAACGAGGUGAUUUUUCACCUAGACGGCGUGGUGCAGAGCGUUGCAACAGACCGUGGAAUGAACGUGGCAGUCAUCAAAGCAGGACUCCUGGACUCCUUUCAGGUCUUCGACACCCACGCAGCAGGCUCAGAAGCUUUGGUGGCCUUCAUGGCUGCCUUGCCGAGCGGCACGGUGGUUGCAUGUGGCGUCAAGGACGAGGCCAUGUCCAACAUGAGUGCAGCAGCGAAAGAUGCAAUGAAAAGCUGUGGUGCCACUUUAAUCGAUUCGCUGAGCUACCGGGGGUCCUAUGCGCUGAUUGGCAUCAAAGAUGGGCCCGCCCUCGCAGAGCAAACCUUGCCCGACGGACAAGCGUCCGUGGUCACUGCUCAGUACAACUUCAAUUCUGGUGUCACCUACGUGCCAUCGACCACGGUGACCACGACGGAGCUGACCACCACCACGGAGCUGGCCACCACCACGGCGGUGCCCAGCUGCGCCAUGCUGACCUGUCCUAGUGGAUUUGUGCUGAAGGCCAAUAUGUGGGAGAUCGAAAGCCAAAAUGAGACGGUCUGUUGCCAGCCCGCAGCGGAAGACAUGGCUGACCUCGGAGUUCGCAGCGCCGGCUUCGCCGAUGGGAACGAGGCAGUCUUCUUUGCGAAUGGCGUGGAAUUCUACCACGCUCCAGCGCGUGGCUUGACACUGGUCCUGGUACGGCCAGAUGGCACACGGAAGGACUCCCAGACCUUCGACACCAUGUUGAAUGACAAUUCCUCAGAGAAUCUGGUGGCCUUCAUUGAUAGCAUCCCCGAUGGAACCAUCGUCCUGGUGGGCGCACGGGACGAGGCCUCCAUCCACCUGUCCUUGGCGGCCAAGGAGGCGAUCAAGAGCUUGGGAGCGACCAUGAUCGACCAGCUCUCCUUCCGGGCGAGCUACGCCCUCGUGGGCGUGAAGAACGGCGCCAAGCUCUCCGAGUCGCUACGGAAGACCACGGAGGGCUAUGCCGUGGCGGUGGGGCAGAUGAAGGUCGUGAUCUCGGUCGAUGCCAACAAACCGCUUUGCGACACCAGCGCACCAACUCCCGCGGUGUCGGGCUAUGUGUCACAAGGAAAUCUCAAUCUAGACGCUGGUUGCCGCUACAACCUCUUCGAGGCCUCUCAUGCCACUCAAUGCAUGCAAGGAAGCUGGAUCAUGAUGACCGGCUCAUCCAAUACUCUGCUGGAGUUCGGCAACUUGAUCAACUUCUUGGCCCCAGACGAGUAUGCCAUUGACCGUGCUGGAGAGAUGAUUGGUGCUUCCGCCGUGGCAGAUGUGGUCAUCGAAGAGGGAAAGGUCACUCAUUGGGCCACUGUGAGCAAUCAGCUACCAGAGUGUCGGCAAGUGGACGCUAGCCUCGCACAGCAGAACCGCCCUGCUUGCAAGCAAGCGAUCGAGGCCUUGUUCGCUCAGGCCCCAGCCUACAGCAGCAGUGGAGUCCGCAUCACGAUGUUCAUCAGCUUCUUCUGGUAUCGCACAGAGUUGGCUUUAGAGCUCAUUGCGGAGGAUGCCCUUUGGAGUGCUGCCCGAGUGGGCGUGGUCACGCAGGUGGGCGCCUGGUACAACGUGUGCAGCGUCACCAAAGAGGAGUACUGUCCUCGAAAAGAGCUGCUGGACAUGGACCGAGAUCCAGCGAUCCAAGUCUUCAAGGAUGAGAUGGAGGUGGUCCUAGCGCAGAUGGACUCUUUUUGCACCACCGGCCGUGCCAGUCAAUUGGGCUGCUACGUCCAAACCAUCUCCUGGACCAAUGGUGUCCGCGACAACGAGAACUUCCAGGUCAUGAAUGGCUACAUCGAAGAGGCCAUGGCUGGACGACUCAGCAGUUCCUUCCGACUCGUGGACUUCUUCAAGCUGGGUGGAGCCAUGCCGGAGGAGGUGGUGCAAGGCCACGGCUCUCAGAUGUUGAACCUCUGGGUUUGGCAGGUGAUGUUCAACGCCAUGUGCCCAGCAGAACUUGCGGCCAGUGGAACCUAUGCAGUUUGGGAAGGGAACCUUUGCUCAGGGACUGAGGCACGCUUUGAGAACUGCCCCAACUACUACCCCAGCUGUUUGAAUGGGCCACGCUGUGAGAAAUGGGAAUGCAUGAACAGCGUGCCUUGCACCUUCCGUGCCACCGAUCCACCGAUGGCCGGCAACAGCGCAGGCCUUUGUGAUGAUGCCAUCAACAUCUCGUCCUUUUUGGCUGAUCAACCUGAAGCGGAGGUGCAAAUGCUGGCGGAUGGAUGCCACAACAGUCGUGGACUUCGGGUUCGCCUUUGGUGUACCCAGGACUUGGAGUGGAUGAUGGCACUGGUGACAGUUUUGAUGGCCGUAGCUUUGAAGGUCGGCAUCUACUUGUGGGAGAAAUACCACGUGAAGCCUGAGCAGAAGAGCAAGGCGACCGCUGUACCGGCGCCGGCUGCAGAGCCGGAACGGCGGCAGGUGGCUCUGUUCCGCAGCGAAUGUCAUGAAGAGGCCACAUGUGGCAGUGGGCCUGUAAGCCCUGCCUGUUCGAAUGGUCAUGACCUGGACUUCUCCUUGGAGGUGCAUGAGGACGAGGGCAUGAAGAAGUCCAAGACCCAUCAGAGCACCAAGACUUCCAAGAGCGCCAAGACCGCUGCCUCACGCGCUGCCUCGCGGGCGGCGGAGGAAGACUUUGCAGACGUCUUGGACGAGAGUGCACCGGCCGUUUUGGCGCGGUCGAAGAGCCACAUCACCUUGAAGUCAGAGGCUCCAAAGUCUGAAGCUGCCGACGCCAAGAGUGUGAAGAGCGCUCGGAGCGGCGUGGGCAAUGCACCGCAGCCUUCUGAGGACGAUCUCACGAAUGAACCAGAGACUUGCAAUGCGUUCCCAGAGCCUGUGAAGCCUGUCACUCAGCCCGAGCCCGUGGCUGAGACGAGGGUGGAGGCUGAGCGCAAGGAGCCAGUGAAGCAGAUCAACAUUCGCGCCGCUGGAAACAAAUAUCCUUUGGGCCUGGCCAGGUUCAUGGGCUCCACGCAUGUGGUGGUGGGCCACUUAUUCGCGAAGGGAGUCACAUCACCGACCUACUUCUUCGGCUGGGGCUUCACCUGGGUGCCAUGGUUCUUUAUGUUGAGCGGCUUUGUGCUUUUCUCAGCCUACCUGAAGAAUCCCAAGGAGGAAACGAUGAUUCAGUACGUGUUGCGGAGGAGCACCACCAUCUACCCGCUCUACGCUUUCUCAUUGAUUCCGGCCUUCAUUUUGGGCAAAGCCUAUGGAACUAUGGCGGCGGAGUGGCCCACCUUGUUGGCUCAGAGCUUCCUUCUGCAAGCCUGGGUUCCACACUUCACAGAGAACGCGUUGCAGAUGCACUGUUGGUUCUUAAGUUGCAUGGUGGUCUAUUGGUUCUUCUUCAAACCCUUAUCCCACCUACUGAAGAACAUCACUUUGCUGAAGACAUGUUUGCUGAUGGGCUUCUUUUUUUGCCUCCCCUGGCUCUUGAUUUUGAUUCCACUCAUCGCCGGUGAAGAUGUCGACUGGUACAAGAAUCACCAGUUCUACCAGACCGAUGACUUCCUGGACAUUGGAGUGAUCGUGCUGAAGUACCAUCCCAUUUGCUACUUCCAUGUCUUCAUCCUGGGAAUGCUCUUGGCCAAGCUUCGGCAGCUUUUGGAUAAGAAAGCCACCGCCUCUCCACAUGGCUGCUUCUCUUGGCGGAAUCCCUAUGUCGUGGCUUUGCAGUUCGUGGCACCACUAGGAUACUUAGCAUUGCUGCUGGUCUUCAGCGUGCAAGAGUUCCAAGCCAAGGCCUGGGGCUACAAGCUCUCGGCACGAGUCUCCGUGCUGCUGCCGUUCCAGGCCAUGAUCCUCUUUGGCUUGGCUGGGCUGCCCAGCCUGCCCCUGCCAUACUUCUCCUACAUGUUCUCCAAGAUGGACUUCCUUGAGAACUACUCCUAUUGCGUCUAUGUCUUCCAGUUCCUUUGCUAUGCGAUUUGGCCACAGACCGGUUUGGUGAACCUCUUCUGGUACAUCAUUUACACCUACGCCACUGCCUUCCUUUUGGCCCGUCUCAUUCAGCAACCGAUCCAGAAAUGGUGGGCCGCCCAUACUAAGGCCCGACUGGUGGUGCCUUUCGUUUUGGGCACCUUCCUCGUUGGCUUCAGCUUUUUGCCGGACCCCGCCUACGACAACAGCUUGCCCGACCUGCCUGCGUCGAUCAUGAUCGACAACCGCACGGUGGACGUCCGUCUGAACUUGGAGGAUCCUGAAGGACGCCUAAGAGGUGCCAUGGUGAUCAAUCCUUCACUUCUCAUCCAGGACGGCCAAAUCCUGGUGGCCGCGCGGCGCCAUCGACGGGAGACGCUGCAGCGGAACGGCAUCUAUCAUGGACCGGAAGGCAGCGGCGAUGCGGUGAUCAUCGAUCAGAUUUGGCACUCGGAGAUCCUCCUGGGCAGCAAGGCCAUCGACGCGGAUGCCUGGAAAAAGUGGCCCACAGGAGGUUCCAGCCCCAUGGAUAUGUCGAUGAGCGCCUGGAGUGGAUUGAGGACACCGCAGGGCAAGGAGUGGACCGAGCUUUGUGUCGUUGAGACCUGGAUCCCCAGCAACAGCACCGUGAUCCGCCACAUCGUGACAGGUCCUGAGGAUCCGAAGCCAGUGGGUGCUUCCAGCAGCGUCACCUUGGCCUUUGAUUCCAAGCCACCUCAUGGAGGCGAUGAAUCCACGUGCCGAAGAAGUCGAGGCUUCGCGGACUCGGUCACGCAGAUGUACAUGGCGCAGGGUGUGAAUAUCGAGGAGCCAGGGAACCCCAUGGUCGGUUAUCGGCUCACGUAUGGCCAGACGGACGUGGCGGAGAAGAAUUGGAUUCCCUUCACAUACAAAGACUCCGUGUACUUUAUCUACACGCCAUCUCCCCACGUGAUUGUGAGCACGCAGAUGGAUGGCACCAGCGAGAAGGUCUACAGUACCACCUUCCGGCCGCUUCAGCGCAUCACUCAGGAGUCGCCUCACGUGCAGAUCCGCGGAUCCGCACAGGCAGUCUUCGUGAACAACAGCCAAGCGACGCCCAGUUUGGCACGGCCCCACUACUUGGCGUUGCUCCACCUCUACGACGUCUCCACGGGGCGCUAUGCACACCACGCCUAUCGCUUUGGAGCGGAGCCACCCUUCAUGAUGCUCCAAAUGUCCUCCGCGCUCCCCCUGACCGAAGCCGCCAGCCGGCCCGGUGGCACUCCCUUCGCCUUUGCGAGCGGGUUGGCGGUGCAGGGGAACACGGUGGUGAUCAGUUAUGGCGCCGGAGAUCGGGAUGCCCGGGCACUGGUGAUGACCUUGGACAAGUUGGAUGUAUUCCCCGCCUGGCAGUAUGACACUCUGACGAACACAUCGCAUGCAAGUGGAUGGCAUGGAUUUGUUCCAAUGCUCAUCUUACGCAGAUGCCUGAAGAUGAUCAGAUGUACAGAGUGCAAAAACUUAUUGGCCGGUGAAGAAGGUCAUUUCAUCACUAGAUUGCUUUGUCAAGACAUCGCAUGUACGCGGAGGAGGACCAAGCUAGAGGGUCCUGCUUCUGCGCAUUUUCCGAGGCUUUUUGAGCCAAGCUGCAGUGGUCCACUUGUCAGUGUGUCCUGCGCCGGCGCCUUGGUGGCGCCCCCCAAGGGGACCCGCCUCCGGAGCGUCCUGUUUGUGUGUCUUUUUCUCGCAGUUUUGGUCGUUCGUUGUGCCGCACGCCACGGCAGUAGCUGGUCGAGGGGUGUCCCAAAGAGGCCUCGCUGCAUGGCAGCUGCCAUGGGCACCCCUCCUGCCGGCGAGCACAGUACUCCGGCUCGACUGCGUCGGACUGGGGUACACUAUAGUAGAUGUGGUAGUGGUAGGUCUGGACUGUCUGGUGUUUUUGUUUUUUGGUGA